UCUGCUCCCGAUGCCGCCUACUUACGCUCAGUGCUCGAGUGUUACGUCGUCAAUGUCGCUGACUGGGUUGCCCGAGUACAUGAUACCAGCAUCGGUUGGUUCAAUUACAGCACGAACGAUUCAAAUCUGACCAUCUGCAUAUGUCUAUUAUGAAUGCCAUGACCUAUUACAUACGUGCACAGAAAAUUAUAAAAGCUCGACCUGCCUUCCCCUCACCAUCCAGUGUCCAACUACCACCAUGAUGUUCAUACGUGUCGUCCUCGCCAUCUUUGCCCUUGCUGGCGUCACAGCUGCGUCUGCAGUCUCAACUUGUGAGAAUGAUGCUACGUUGGUGUGUUGCAAAAAUGCUGGAGAUACCAACAGUGGCUGGCAGGGUUCACACUGCACCAAGGUCAGCACUGCGAGCAAAUGCAAGUAUACCGCUCUCUGCUGCUAUGAUGUCGUAAGCUUGAUGUCGUUUCCAAAGUGCGUGAUCACUAUUAACUCGCACACCCACAGAAGGGAUCCUCUGCGGGAACGUGCUACGAGGCCUGUUGAGAGAUACAGUGCAUCACGAUGUCGAGGUGGUUGCUCAGCGCUCAGCUCUCAAUUCAGGUUAUGGGCUAUUAACUGCACAUUGUUUUUCGGAAGGUGACUGAUCGAUUGUAACAACUCUAAAGCUAGACCCAGUUCUCGGAUAAGCCAUCACACAGAACUUCUGAUGCAAUACAUCAGCGCAAUCUAAACAUCACAACAUUCAGCAUGGUGCACUGAAUCUGAUGCAAAGGAAUUGAUCUCUGGACUAUCGUCUCCAUUGGCAGAAUUAAGGCUCCAGGUGUCAUUCAGCUUGCCACAAGUACAUAGUAGGUAAUUAGAUCUUGGGCCGCUUUGGCAAAAUGAUGGUUGUCACUGAUGCAUGAAGUUUAAAUAAUACCACUCGGAUUCAGAGUGGCUUCCUGAUAGGGGUGUUGGUAUUAAGGGUGAGAAGUAACACGACUUGCCAUCGCUGGUUGUAAAGGCGUGAUUCACUGUGAAGGACUAGUCUCU